CGCACGCCUUUAAAUUCUCGUUUCCAUUUUCUUAGUCGCCACCAAGCGUAGAAAACAGAGAAAACAAAAAUCACACCGAAUUAGGUUUUUCGUAUUCGAACAAGAAGCUCUGGAUUCCACCUCUUCCCGUCCCUCGAGGCGGUGGUUAUGCUGCUUGUUCUUCAGGGCUGUUUAGAUUUGAAUUUAAAGCACUGUGAAUUAUAUCCUGAGACAUGGAGGGAGUUUAUUUCUCGACAAAUUGUUACCAGUAUCGGUUUUUCGCUUUCCAAGAAGUGCUUGAUUGGCGAGUUUUCAUCCUUGGAAAUUUUCUUCUGGUUUCCUUUGUCAAUUGCACUUAGUGUUCUGUCCCCGUUAAAUGAUCAACAAAGGGUACGUGAUGCUAGUUUAUUCUGAUACAGGUGCUGCAUCUUGCACUUGUACAAUGCAUUGCUGACCCAACAUUUAGUUAAAUCUUCUGUGGAAUUUUCUUCACGGGCUUGAGUAUAGUUUGGAGUGAAGCAUUUGCAUUGAAUCAGUAUAAAACUGUAGGCAUUGGCAAUUGUCUCCUUUUUGCUCUUGAUGGAAAUUAUUGGUGACAGUACAUCAUUUACCUGAAGGUUCUGAAAUGAAUCCUAUAGUAGAUUAGAUGAAAUAGAUGCUAUUUCAGUUCUGAAGUCUUGGGUUGCAGAGGUAUCAGCUAUUGCAUCGAUCAAUCAGUUUGGUGGGACCUGAGAAGUGUCACUAUGUUCUGUCGUUCUUAUUCAUUUCUACCACCUUUGUACCUUAACCAGAACAAAGCCUAGGUCUAUCACUAAAUAAGGCCGUGCAGCCCUUCCAUCAGAUAGUUUCUGCCCUAUGUCCGCUUCUGACAUGACAGAACAUUGAUGUUGGGGUUUUCUGGACUAGCAGGAACUUGUUUAUACAGAGAGCAUCAACUACUAGAGAUAAAUGCUAUUUAUCUUGUUUUUGUUUACAUUUCUUGAAUAAAGGAAGCGGUUUUUGUAUUCUGUGAAAAAAUGGAGAGGUACAAAAUAAUUAAGGAAGUUGGUGAUGGAACAUUUGGGAGUGUCUGGAGAGCUAUUAGUAAGCAAGCUGGCGAAGUUGUUGCGAUCAAGAAAAUGAAAAAGAAAUAUUACUCUUGGGAAGAGUGUGUAAAUCUCAGAGAAGUCAAGUCUUUACGAAAAAUGAACCACCCAAAUAUUGUGAAACUGAAGGAAGUUAUUCGAGAAAGUGACAUUCUGUACUUUGUUUUUGAGUACAUGGAAUGCAACCUAUACCAACUUAUGAAAGACAGGGAAAAAUUGUUUUCUGAAAAUGAAAUUAGAAACUGGUGUUUUCAAGUUUUCCAAGGUCUGGCUUACAUGCAUCAGCGUGGUUAUUUCCAUCGCGACCUUAAACCUGAAAAUUUGCUGGUUUCUAAGGAUAUCAUCAAAAUUGCUGAUUUUGGUCUAGCCCGAGAGAUCAAUUCACAACCACCCUACACUGAGUAUGUCUCCACAAGAUGGUAUCGUGCUCCUGAAGUGCUGCUUCAGUCUUAUAUCUAUAACGCCAAAGUUGACAUGUGGGCAAUGGGUGCUAUAAUGGCUGAGCUGUUCUCUCUACGACCUCUUUUUCCAGGAGCCAGUGAGGCAGAUGAGAUCUACAAAAUAUGUGGUGUGAUAGGCAGUCCAACCACUGAAUCAUGGGCAGAUGGACUUAAACUUGCAAGAGAUAUUAAUUAUCAGUUUCCACAGCUUGCUGGCAUAAACCUUUCUGCAUUGAUCCCAUCUGCAAGUGAUCAUGCAAUCAGCCUUAUCCAAUCACUUUGCUCCUGGGAUCCAUGCAAGAGGCCAACAGCUUCAGAGGCCCUUCAACAUCCUUUCUUCCAGAGCUGCUUUUACAUUCCUCCAUCCCUUCGCUCCAGAGCUAUAGCGAGAACCCCUCCACCUGGAAUUAGGGGAUCACUGGAUCAGCAAGGGGUCAAGAGAUAUCCUGGUGCUCUACCCAACUCAAAGCUCACCAAUUAUUUUCCAUCUCCAAAAUUACAGCCUUCUUCAGGUGUGCAACGGAAGCUGGAUAUGGUAAAUCAGGGUGACAAGAAUGACAUUAAGAAUGAUAAAUCAAUGAAGACUACUACACAAUCGAAGUAUCGACAACCAGGAAAGGACAAUCAAACUUCUAUAAACAAGGGAAGAUCUACACGCAGUGUUUUAGAAACAGCUGAGAGGUUGGCCAAUAUGUCUAUUGGCGCUCGAAGGCAGUCCAUGGAGCAACCCCGUGCUCCUCCCAUGAAGGCUGGAGUCAAUUGGAGUUCUCCGAUGAAGGCUGGAGUCAAUUGGAGCUCUGAAUCUCCCAACUUCAUGCUCAGGCCUGCACCACAGAUCUCAACUGGGAGAACGUACCCUAGAAAAGUUGCUGGAUGAGAAGAACGACCUCUAUAUCGCGACUGUCCUGGUUUAAACUAUAUAUAUUUGGGUUUUGCUCAUGUUAUGUUUACUGCAAAACUAGUAUUGCCCAUGUCAUUAAUAAUCGUUUCAUACUGUGUUGUGGGACAAACACAUAUCAAUAAGUAUUUCCUAGCUUAUGAACUUCUUUGGUGUGUUUGGUGUGUGUUAUGAAGUGUUUUAUUCGUCAAUGUACAAUAAUUUACACCUGUACUCAAUGUUUGAAUUGUGAAGGUCUUUUUACAAGUAAUAAUGUGAAAGGUGGUUGUUGAUGUUAUUGUGAUUUAA